UCGGGAAACUGAAAAUAUGUUCUUAUUUAUUACUAUUUAUUUUAUUCUUUUUACUCCAGAAAAAACGUAUAUUCUAAAUAAUAAGGACCAUUUUUUUGCGUGAAAUUUUUAUAGUAACCAUUUACACUAUGUGGAUACCACAUACGAUACCAAAGACAACUUUUCACCUGUUCAUUCCAUCGGAUGAAAUUGUAUCUUGUCGGUUGCUGCUGAAUGAGGUCGAACAUGUUGUAAGCUCUGUGAACUUUAGCUGGGCCGAUUGUAUGCCAAAACCGUUAAAGUUACUUUGCUUGGAUAAUAUCGCCAACCAUUUUUCACGGUACCCCGAUCAGUUGUUCGAGUGGAUAACUCCUAUAAACACAGAGUACCUUGUGGAAACACUGAGUACUAGUUUACCAAUAUAUUUAGUCACCCACGUCCCGGGUGAUGAAUAUUGGCGCCGUCGGUAUGCCGAUACAUGGCCAAAUGAUGUUAUAUCAACUCGAAACCCUACAGUAGUUACGGACUCUGUCAAAAUUAUUUACAUAACCAAAUACGUAUCUCAAAUUAUUGAAAACUUGGAACCUGGUUACGUCGAUGAAACGGAGCUUUCCGAGAUAUUGAUGGUUUGCAGCCCAUACGUUACUGUGAUAGAUUGCCAACAGCUUCGUAUCCAAGGUUCAAUGGUACACACAUUGGCGAUCGAUGAACCUAAGGGUAUUAUACCCCACGAUCCGAUUCACAUAGAUAUGAGUUUCGUGUUGGGUAUUUUAAAAAACAUUCGGACUCUAAGCCUGGUUUAUGGUUCUAGGACAUUCACAACCGAACCCCCCAUGUAUACUCCCGAACAGUACAGGUUCAAUAUUGAUGAUAUGGACACGCUCGGCUGUGGCUUGGUAAUAUCGAAAAACCUGACAAGUCUGGCUAUUACUAAGAGUGAAUUAAAUAUGCCAAAGUUCAACAGGCUACUACCAUAUUUAAUGGAGUGUCAUGGUCUCGAAGAGAUCAACUUUUCGUUUUGUAAACUAAAUUCUCUAGGUGGGAAAUCGGUAGCACAUUUCGUAAAAACUGCAAAAAUGUUAAAGCUGGUGAACUUAUGCGGUAACAAUAUCGGUCCAGAUGGAGUUGAAUCAUUAUCAUUUGUGAUGUUAUGGAGGCGAAAUAAUAACUACCCGGCAAUUGAGUUAAAUUUGAAUAUGAACAAUAUAAGUGACAUUGGUGCCAAAUAUUUAGCAUCUGCUUUAGCAUCAGGAGUUCAACCUUUGACUAAACUUCGGAUUCGUAAUUGCGAUAUAACCGAAAUCGGAGGCUUAAACAUUGCUCAGUCAUUAGCAUAUGAUCGUGGAUUACGUGCUUUAGAAAUAGAUAACAAUCCAUUAACAUUGAAAGUGGCUAUUGCGUUACACACAACGUUGAAAACGAAUUUGAAUAUUGCGUACCUAUCUAUUCAAAAUUGCAACUUAUCGCAAAGCAUCACAAAUUUCCUGAGCAGAGUAGCGUUUUAUAAUAGACACGAAAAACGCUCAGAGUUGAACUACGUAGAUAUCGAGUACUUGUGUUAUGAUGAUGAUGUGGAACAGGAAAAUAUUUCACUAGAAGAAGGGACAAUAGAAUCAGAGAAUAUGGAAAACGACACGAAGGAAGGAUUAAUAUAAAAUAAACGUUAUAUUAUAUACAUUAUAUUAUAUACUUGCAAUUAGUUUACUGACAUAAAUAUUGAAUUGAUUGUUUGGCACUAAAAUGUAUGGUAACAACUUAAUAUAAGUUGUCAACUAUGAAAAUAAUAUAUAUAUAUAUAUUAUAAUACAUAUAUUUAUAUUAAAAUGAUAAUAUAAGGGAACUUGUAUUACCCGCUGUCACAUUAAAUUAGUAAAUCCUCAUGAGAUGUUUAUUUUAACGAACAAGUUUUGCAUUUUAAAACGCAUUUAAUACAGUAUAGUUCUUCGAUAUAAAAUAAUAUUCAUGAUUUUUGGGUAAAAUUAUGAAAUGGGAAAUAAAAAAAGAAUCGUUAGAUUAAUUUAAUUAGAUACUGUAUAAGAGGCAAAUUAUACAUGUACAACUGUAGUCAAUGUUCAACGGAGUAUAAUAAUAUUAUAGUGUUUUAUAUUCUUCAAAUAGUUACGUUAUAUUCCAUUAUUUUUGUUUUGUAUUACAAAAUACUACUAUAGGCAAAGUUUUCAUAUUUUAUCACUAAAAAUAUAAAAAAAUGCCAUUCAUUUUUUUUUUUUAGAAUGCCUCCUAAUCUGCUUUCGAAUUUAAUGUCACAAAUCGUUUCCAAAAAUAAAUACUAUUCUUAUCAUAAUAGGAGCUACAACUUACACUAAAAUCUUCAAUUCAUAUUAAUUUCUACUUCGUUACACAACUUAAUAAUUGGGAUAAAUAAAUUUUGUUUUCAUAAGAACACGAUGAUAUUAUUUGAAUUGGAGUGUGAAACGUCAUCACUGCAUGCAGAUUUAACCGUUUGUUUGAUUGAUUGUUCUUGAAAUUGAUGCAUUUGUUUGAUAGUAUUUAAAAGAAAAGCUACGAGACCGGUAUUAGUCCAGUAUUAUAGAUAGGUAUGCAUUUCUAUGCAUUUUAAAUUCUGUUUAUUAUUCUCAUUUCCCGAAGAUCAUCAUUCAUGUCCAUUGUCUAAUCGUUGCUCAUCUUCUGACAACAGUUUUAGUAGCGAAAUUAUUCAGAUAUGAUUAGCGGCAAGUUUUCUGGGGGUUUUAACAACGCAGUAACAUGUUUCAACGGCUGAGGACAAGCGUUUCAAUUACAGACAGCAUUUUCACAGACUGAUUUUCCGGAUGGUGGAUGUCGAGUUGCUCUAAUUUUCCCCUCUCGACCACAACGCGUGAUAUUCAUGACGGGAUAUAUCUCUGAGUCCUUUGCGUUAUAUUAUUUGUGAUUAUUCGGCUUACUUGACACAGCAAUAGUCGAUUAAAUUAACUUUGAUGAGUAAGCCAGACCAACCAGAAAGCAUCGGUGAAGCGGUAGUAACAAUCAUACGGAUAUAAACUAUACAUAGAGAAUGAAACCUAAACGAGAUAAAAUACGUUUUUGAGUUUAUAGUUUUGCAAUGUAGCCAUGGUAACUUUGAUCUACCACUGUGCGAAAAACAAUAUAGGUUUUGACAUUGACCUGAUGUGGUCACAUGUUUUAACAUUUGGUGGUGGAGUAUGAUUUGUGAAGUAUCUAAUACCUAUAUAGUAAACAGGGCUAUUAUAGUGACAGCUAUUUGUAAUACUUGUGAAAUUGAAAUUAAUAUAAUUAUAACGUGUUGUGCUUUAUUAGAUUUUAAAUAAACAUAAUAUAGGAAUUAGUUAUUAUUCUGUACAUAGCUAUUAGUUAUAGUAUAUGAUAUUAUAUUAUAUUUAUAUUUAAAUAUUCAAUAACAAACUAAUAUAUUAUACUUCAAUAAAAUGCUUACAAUUCAAUCGUUUAUUUACGGAUUUUUAAAAUCAACUUUAUGUGAAAGUUGACUUUUCUAAAUCGCCCAUAGAAAUACAAGUUUUAUAAGAAUUACUCAGACUUCGAGACAUCAGAUUUUGUCUUUAACAGAAACUACGGCAGUAGUUUUGGGAAACUUUUUAAAUAUAUUAUCAACACAGUUAUUUUUUACGAUUAGGAUAACCAAUAUCAAAAUUGAAUAACUAGUUCACGAAAGUACACCCAUUUUAAUUAUACUUUAUCUUUAAACGUACAUGGUAUUGAGAUGUUGUACUGUAUUAAAAAUUACACAGAAAAAAAUAAAUUAUAAUAACGAAUACUUUCUGAACUUAAAAUAUAAAUUUAUUAAAAAGUAUAGAGGAGAAUUGGCCAUUGACCCUCUAAAAAUUAUGUACCAAUAUUGUUGAUAAUAAGUUCAAGUUUUUAAUAUGAAUCAACAGUAAAAAAAACAAAUAAAUAGAUUGAACAAUCUUCAGAUUGAAAAAUUAAUGACAU